CCAGCAUCAACACGCCCUGCAUCUCAGCCUGUGCCGCCAGCAUCAACACGCCCUGGAUUUCCACCCUCACUUCCACUGCCCAGAUAUGACCAAGAAAUGAUUCACUGGAACUGCUCUCAACAGCAAAAGGUAUGGAUGAAGAUGGAGCUGGAAGCCAUGGGACUGUGGCCGGGAAGUCCACCUGUGAGGCACCUUACUAACUCUGUCUCUUUGUGGCGUCUACCACCUCAGCCUGAGCUCAUUGAGACUGCCUGUGGGCUUCCAUCCCCCAAAUAUUUCCAGCUACAUCCAUUCUUCAUCUGGAAACCAGAGAAUGACAGCAUCAUGGGAAGGCUGAGAAACAAUUAUGUUCUCCCAUGUCUUCACAGUUGUUCUCGACCACAGAUAACUUCAUCAGGUGUAGGAAGGCCUCGAGUGGUUGUUGGCAUUGUCAAUCAAUAUUACUUGUUUGCAUCUCGGCUUUGCUGCAAAGCAUGCAAAAGGAAUUGGUUUGCUGACAAUCCUCUGUGGCUGGCAAAGCUCCCUAAAAGGUAUACCAACAUGUUGCCAGCCCUCCUUACCUACAAGAAAGCGAUCUGUAAAUCUGUGGUAGAUGAAUUAAGACGCACUGCAAAAUCCCCAAAUGACAUGGCCAAUCAGCUGAUGGAGAUGAUGCACCUAAAGUAUGAAAGAGCAAACCUGGCCUACCUGCUAAGUGUGCAGAACAUCAAGGAUGCUGAGGCAGGGUUGUAUGGUCAGAGCACCAUCAGCAAAUACCUGAGGAGGGACAGUACACCUGCUGCAUUUGGGGGGUAUGAAGACACAGACGGCUGGUGUGGAAUGUCUGUGUCGUCAUAUUACCUUACAGACUGUCUUCUGCAGGAGUUUCAGAGGCAGGAGCCAUCAAUCACGCAGCUCUUACAGGGCACAUUUGGACAGGUGUUGAGAUCCGACCACACCCGGAAGAUUGCCAGGAAAGUCACUCUUACAUCAGGCACAAUGUCAUCUUAUGCUGUGAUGAACGAGAACUGGAUGAUCAUCUCUUGGGUGAUGGUGCAGUCCGAGAGUGAAAGGUCUUUGGAGCCCAUGUAUGAAGGUCUGGCCACACGCUACACUGCUGCUGGAAUUGAAAAGGCCAAUUACCAUUGGGUGGACAGGUAUUUAUUAUAUAAUUUGUUUAACAAUUGUAUAAGCCUUUUCAGCUUACAUAUGUUAUUUAAUGAUAUUAAUAAUUUCAUUUAAAUCUCAAAUAGGGAAGAAAAUUCAUUAUAUAUUUAAUCAUGUAACUUUUUUUUAAUCCUCUUCUAUUUCUGGACAUUGUUAUGUUUCUUUGUACAUAGGGACUGCUGUGCAGCCUUCAGGGUCCAGAAUUCUCAUCCAGCUGAGCACCUUUUGAGGGAAGCCUGGAGGACUACAGAGGCUACUGUUGCAGAGGUGACAUCCGGGGACUUGACCAACAUCUGUGCUUCGAGGUCAAAGUUUAAUGAGUUCAUCUCUGUAAAGCUGGACUUGUUCCACUGUAUGAGACGAUUCUGCCGGGAGUGUGUCUCAGAGCAUCAUUCCUUAUACAGCUCUUUCUGUCAGUUCCUCUCGGCUGCCUUCACAAUUGUGGAUCAGCAGGAUCUGAAGAGACUGAAGGAGGCCUAUGUCUUCUGUGGGAUCGUGCCAGCAAAUCCAACAAAGCAGCAUAUCCGGGAGCACUGCAGGACAAAGAUCCCUCAGCCACGAGAGCUUGUGAAGAGAGUGGAAGAAGUUCUCCUUCACUUCCACCUGUUAAAAGAUGUAAAUGACAUCCCUCUCUUCAAACCGUCCAUGCUGAAAGCCUGGAGGAUCCAGCGAGUCCACAUGCUGAGGGGCUGUCUCAGUGACCCAGAACGGGAGGAUGGGAUUCUGUACAGAUACGGUGGCACGCUGCAACUCAACCAUGUCCAGGGUGAAGGGGCAUCUGUGCCCGUGUGGAUUCCAAUCAGAGGCACUUCACAGCAAGAGGGCUACCACUUCCACCAGGCUCAGUGGGUGACUGGGAACAAAGUCUCCCCAGAGUUAUUUCAGGCCCAGGGUAUGACUGGUGUGGCACGCUGGAAUUUCCAGAGAUUGGUGGAUCUCAAACAGCCGGGUGUGGUUUUGCCUGCAGUGUUUGACCCACUACUGAUCACAGACUUGAACAUGGCCUCUGUGAAUGUGACGGGGAGCGCCAAAUAUCCAGCACUACAAGUCUCCAACAGGGACACGGGAGAGAGGUUUGGACUCGAGUACGUUGAGCAAGGGUGCCGUGCUGUUCCUCUCGACUGGGAAAAGCACAGAUCUCAGAAGAGGACAGACAUGUCCGUAUUCCUGACCCCUCUCCCUGUUGAGAAAUGUCAACCCUCAGCAACACAGCUGCCGCCGACUGUCAGAUUUCCUGAUUCUGCAGCUCCUGCUACUGAGGCUUUAAAGAGAGAAAGCACUGAGGAGCCCCAGAUGGACAUAGGUAAUUCAGAAUAAUACCACAAACAUAGGCAUAUCUCUCUCACACUAACUCAGUCACACGCACCUAAAUAUGCUUGCAGACACAUGCAUUCUGCAUAAUUACUUUCACUGAAGAACUGUUCCUCUCUUUCAGAUCUGCCCUGCACACCUCCACUGCCUAUGACCGCCUCACCAAGAAGUGCACGCACGGGGCCUAUCAAGACUGGUGGCCGGGUCUUUGUGUUGGACCACAAUCGGUGGCCUGGCCCAAUGAGGGUGGCUAUUGAUGGUCUGCUUGCCAGGCAUCAUGGACAGAAGGACAUGCUGAAACUGGUGGACUUUGACUAUGCUUCCAUGGUGCAAAGUUCAUGUGCAGACCCCAACAGCCUGCUUCACCCAACCACCAAACACCACAUUGGAAGGUAUAUUAAACACCUGGCCAAAUUAAAAAACACCAGUUCCUCCCUUAACACCAGUCCUGAAAAGCUCUUGGAGACCCAACAACUGUGGCAGCACUUAACCAUGGGUAGUGACACAACCUGUGUCCCUGUAACAGCACUCCCACCUGCAGUUGUGAACCCACCCGCACUGCCCACACAAAAUGCUCCUCUUACUGAAGCUGCCAUAGAGAAAAUUGUUUUGGGACUGAUGGAAAAGCAGCAACAGUCAGAGCAACAACAGCAGCAAAAGAAAAAAAUGACAAAAACCUGCCUUUCAUGUGGCCAACCCAAGUCCCGUUACAUGAAUGAUGGCUCCUCAAUUCAUUAUUUUUAUCAGAGUGGGCAUGUUAGGUACUUCUACUGCUCCACAAAAGUAUUUAAAACAUAUGGAGCAGAGGGCCUCACAAACCCCAAAAUGUCUUUUGAGGAUUUCAUGUCAACACCCUUCUUUCAACAAGAACUUGAAUCCAUAAAACAGAAAGUGGAACAACAGAAGGACAAACAAAAGAGGAAGUCAGCAGAUGUGGUACCCUCUGACCGUUUGUGCAGGUUCUGCCAUUUGGAACUAAAACAGGGCCCUAAUAGUCCUCACAUUCACACAGGGUUCCCCGGAGUGGCAGGGAAAUAUAUUUAUUGUCCUGCCAAGCUGUUCUCCCUCUACCAGGCCAAGGGUAUGGAGAAAGAAAUGACCUGGAAGGAGUUCCAGGCAUCUGCUUUUUAUCAUGAUGAAAAGAAAAGAUGGAUGGAUGAAAAGAGGAAAUGUUGAUUUACACACACACACACGCAUCCACACACACACACACACAAACA